GUAGCCCAGAGGGAGGCGUCACUGCUGGUUGCCGCUACUGCUCCGAGCCGCGAGUGCUGGGAAAUGUGACGGACAGAUCGAGCGCUUCAACGUAGGCGGCCGACGCGUAUUUGUGAAGUGAAACAGGAACUCGUUUGGUGUUGGGUGCCGUUUCUGUGGAUCAUUGUGUUGUGUCACCUGACUUAAUGGUUCGGACGGAGUGACGGGUUCCACAGAGAAGUUGGAAGGAUUGUGUAAGGACGAGCCAUGCCGCGAUUUGGAGCCGGCGAAGCCAACCCUAGGAUAUCGGGCGGCGUGUCCUGCUGCUCGGUGCGUCGUUCGCAGCCAUCAGGAGCGGGGCUGAGAGGCGGCGCCGGCGCCAUGUCCCACCACAGCGACGACAACAUGCUGAUCGCGGGCAGCGACUCCUUCUGGGAGCCCGGCAACUACAAGCGCACCACCCGCCGCAUCGAGGACGGCUACCGGCUGUGCACGGACCUGGUCGCGCUCGUGCAGGAGCGCGCCGACAUCGAGAAGGCCUACGCCAAGAGCCUGCGCGGCUGGGCCAAGAAGUGGAACGAGCUCAUCGAAAAGGGCCCAGAGUAUGGAACAACAGAGGCUGCGUGGAAGGGUGUCUUGGUUGAAGCAGAGAGACUGUGUGAUUUGCAUCUAAAGGUUAAGGACAAUCUAUGUAAUGACGUUAUGAAUCAAGUGAAAACGUGGCAGAAAGAUACCUACCACAAAUCAAUGAUGCAGAUAAAAGAAAAGAAGGAAAUGGAGGAUGCAUUUAAGAAAGCUCAGAAACCAUGGGCAAAAUUGUUAGCUAAAGUAAACAGAGCCAAAAGCGACUACCAUGUGGCAUGCAAAACAGAGCGCUCUGCUUGUAACCAAGAAAGAAAUGCUAAUGCUGACAGCUCUUUGUCUCCUGAUCAGGUUAAAAAGAUGCAGGACCGUGUGCAGAAGUCAAAAGAAGAUGUACAAAAAGCAAAAGAGAAAUACGAAGCAGCCCUUGAUGAGAUAAAUUCUUACAAUCCCAAAUACAUGGAGGACAUGACUGUAGUCUUUGACAAAUGUCAAGAAAUGGAGGCUCAGCGAUUGCAGUUCUUUAAACAAACGAUGUUUUGUAUUCAUAAGUGUCUGAAUGUUUCUCAGGAUCCAGUUUUGCCUCAAAUAUAUGAAGAGUUUUACCACACAGUUAAUAAUGCAGAUCAUGAAAAGGACUUGAAGUGGUGGUCAAAUACACAUGGUGUGAAUAUGGCUAUGAACUGGCCAUAUUUCGAGGAGUACACGGAGGAGUUCAGGGACAUUGCAAAAGGCAAAUCAAAGGCGGAGAUCCCGAUGGGAAUCACACUCAUCAACCAGAGGCCUGUUGGAGAAGACUUGCAUGAUUUCCCACCAGCUAAUAACAAAGCUGCAAAGAAAGCAACAGGACGUGUGAUUUCAACAGAUGUUACAGCUGACAGUAAAGUGGAGAGUAUAAGUACCUCAAAAGCCAAGGAGAAAGCUGAUACUGCUAAUAGGACGUCUUCUAUUACGAAUGGCACAAGACAAGAAGCUAAUCCAUUUGAAGAAGAUGAAUGGGACGAAGAUGCAGGGGAAGCCUUAGUUGACCAUGGUGAACCUGGUGUUCCCGUGAGAGCGCUUUAUGACUAUGAAGGGGCAGAGUCAGAUGAACUCAGCUUCAAACAAGGUGACGUGUUUGAAAAGCUCGAAGACGAAGAUGAACAAGGAUGGUGCAAAGGCCGUAAGGAUGGCCGUGUAGGGCUGUACCCUGCUAACUACGUGGAACCUGUGGCGCAGUAGUGGCCAAUACAGGAUCUGCUGAUGUGUAAGCUACUUGGCGAUGUCUUCCUGCUGCUUGUCUGUCUCGGGCAGGUUGCAUUUUCCCUCGCCACACUUCACAGCAAACUCUUACAACACAGACAGGAUGUCAAGGUGCCACACGUUUAGGAAAUGUGUUUGGUGCUGUUACUAGUGAAAUGGCUUUGUGCCCGUAAAUUUCUCAGCUCUUAAAAGAAAUGGAGUGACCCCUUUCCCCUUCCCCAGAGAUCCUGGCUUGUACAGUAAACAUUAAUGUGUCGUUAGCAGUUAAAGGAGACAUGAUGUGAGUUUUACUGCACUACUGUGCAUUCUAAACUGUGGACCAAAGUCUAUGCUUUUCUGUGUAUAAAACAUACUAAGAUGUAUUUUAUUGCAGUUUCAUGAUGAUGUUUGUCUCAAAUUUUUGAUGAUGUAUAACACUAAAUGAUUAUUUAAAUUAUCAGAAUAUUGUUUUUCUUUUAAAAACACAAGGCUUUUUGUGAGCAUGAACUAUUCCUUGGUUACUGGUGGUAAGCUGAAGUUACAGUAUUUUGUGGUAUUUUUUUUUUUUUUCCAGACUGUAUUUGCGUAACAUUUGCUCCUCCCUCCUCUCUUUCCCAAACCAUUGUUCAAUCUGUGAGUGACCCAAGUGCCAGCCACAUACUAUAUAGUACAUGCUACACUGCCUGGUGCAGAGAAAAAAAUUAAUCAAAAUAAUUUUAAGCAGCCAUAAUGGACAUUUCUGUAAAUAUGUAACCAGUUACACCUUGGUAAUGCCAUUUGUAAAAUAAUGCAUUCACAGAUAAGGCUGUGCAUCUUCAGCAGGUGUCAAUCAAAGCGAGAACACUCAUUCCUUCAUUAUAUUCAGUGAUUCUGUUAUAGGCCUAAGACAUUGUAGAUUAACGAGUACAAGACUUGGUGUAAAUAAUGUAGACAUGAAUGUCAUUAAACUGGAUUCGUAUGAUAAAA